AUGUGUGUGUGCUAAAGUGUAUGUGAUCCUAGUUCCUGCGGCCAGCCCUGGGCGUCCUGGCGUCCCGUGCGAUACACGAUGAAACUAAGUGUCAGUGCCUAUCGAGCCCAUGCAUCAGCACACAAGAAAAUCCUCUCCAGCAGUAGCUAUCAGACACAGUUCAACUACGGAAGUACGGCGGCCGCUUCCAGCUCGGCUCCGACCUCGUCGGCACUGUUUUCACAGGAUAAAUGUUGACAUUGAGGUGUUAUUUGUUGGUAACCGUCUGGUGUUAGGCUCGACGGUCAGCUUGAACGGGAUUCCUUGGGCAAACGGUACGACGAUGGACCCGACGAAUCCGAGUGCAGCAGCAUCCGGAGGGGCUAUACUACCAACAUGUUCGACCAUAUCGUCCGCCAGCUCACAGAUGCACCAUCCCAACCCUCCGUUCGGUGCGAUCGGAGGUGUCGCAUCCGGUCACGGGGCCACCGGAAGUGGAUCCGGCGGCGGCGGUGGCGAUCACGCAUCAAGCCUGCUCAGUCCGACCCUACUGUCGCCGGGGACAAACACCGGCACGGCCUCGAUUGCGACCUCGCGCGACGAGGAGGAUGACUCGAGCAAUCAGGCUUCGUCGGGCAGCAAAGGUUCCGGCCAGCGGACGAAGUCGAAUCAACGAUGGAUGAAGUUGCGCACGACGGUACAAAUUUCCUCUGCCAUGCAGAAGAAACCACCUCUCAAGCGGGAGGACUCCUUUUUGAAGCGAUUCUCCACUCGUCAGAUACCGGAGGCACAGGAAACGGUGGAGGAUACCGGGUCGGAAGGUGCGACCGAUGCGGAGAAAACAGUUCGACGAAGGCGUCGCUUCGCCAAGAUUCCGCGCACGGUCGUCAAUCCGGACGAGAACUUUUAUUUCUACUGGCUCAUGAUCGUCACGAUCAGCAUACUGUACAAUCUGUGGACGUUAAUCGUACGGCAGAGCUUCCCCGAACUGCAGAGCAAUGCGAGCCGUUUCUGGCUGUCCUGUGAUUGCCUCACCGAUAUAGUAUUCAUCUUCGACGUAGCGGUACAGCUACGCACCGGCUACCUGGAGCAAGGUCUGAUGGUGUACGACUCGCGGAAGCUGGCAGGACACUAUCUACGAUCGCGCGCCUUUCUCCUAGACUUGGCGGCGCUAGUGCCGCUAGAUAUUUUACAGUUCCGGUUGGGCAGUCAGCCAAUGUUGCGCUUUCCGAGGUUUUUCAAAGUCUAUCGAGCGGUCAAGUAUUACUACAUCGUAGAGAGUCGCACCGUGUGGCCUAACCUGUGGCGUGUCGUCAACCUUAUACACAUACUCCUUAUUCUCGCCCACUGGUUCGGGUGCUUCUACUUCCUGCUGUCCGAGGCGGAGGGCUUCCAGGGCGACUGGGUGUAUCCUUACCGACCGGGCGACUAUGCCACGCUCACCCGCAAGUACCUCGGCAGUCUGUACUGGUCGACGCUAACACUCACGACCAUUGGUGACCUUCCAACACCGGAAACUAAUGCCGAACCGUCACAAUCGGCGGACGGCCCUAGAUCACUUCCCCGGCGUGGCCUCAAAUCCAGACUGCUGCAGUUCAACUCGGCUCGAGGGUACGUGUUCACGAUAGUUAGCUACCUGAUCGGUGUCUUUAUCUUCGCCACGAUCGUCGGUCAGGUGGGCAACGUCAUCACGAAUCGUAACGCCAAUCGUCUAGAGUUCGAGCGGCUUUUGGACGGUGCCAAGACAUACAUGCGACACCACAAGGUACCCGGCGGUAUGAAGCGGCGCGUUCUCCGAUGGUACGACUACAGCUGGUCCCGGGGCCGGAUACAGGGUGGGGGCGAUAUCAAUACGGCGCUCGGUCUACUGCCGGACAAGCUGAAAACCGAACUGGCCUUACAUGUCAAUUUAAGUGUGCUGAAAAAGGUGACAAUAUUUCAAGAGUGCCAGCCCGAGUUUCUGCACGAUCUGGUGCUGAAAAUGAAGGCAUACAUCUUCACGCCGGGCGACUCGAUCUGCCGGAAGGGUGAGGUCGCACGGGAGAUGUUCAUCAUAGCCGACGGCAUCCUGGAGGUGUUGAGCGAAACCGGCAAGGUGCUGACCACGAUGAAGGCCGGCGACUUUUUCGGUGAGAUCGGCAUCCUUAAUCUGGACGGGUUGAACAAACGAACAGCUGACGUGCGCUCGGUCGGCUACUCGGAACUGUUCUCGCUGUCCCGCGAAGACGUCCUGACCGCGAUGAAGGACUACCCGGAAGCACAAGAGAUCCUGCAAACGCUGGGUCGGAAAAGACUGAUGGAGGUGCGCUGCGUCAAUAAGAAGCACGCCAACAAGCACGCCGCUAAGGAACAUGCCGGUGAUCGUAGCUCAAAUACCCACAAUAACCAAGGUGAUAGUAGUGAUAAUAGUGCCUCAAAACGUAUCGUAGAUAAGCUUAGAAGUGAUGUUAAGGGACUGAAGAAUGUGCUGCGCAAGUCCAGGACCGGAACAACCAGACGUAGCAAUGAAUCGAUCGAGAUGCAGCCACUGCACGGAAACGCAACAUCGGGCGGUGGAUCGGGCGGAGCGGGCAGCGGUGGAAGCGGUGGAAGUGGUGGUAGCAAAACGCCCAAAACGAUGCUGAAGCGCAUGCCGCGUGUCAAAUCGGACGACAUACACACAGAGGACGAGGGCAAGGACAAUGACAAGGUGCCAAGCCCGAUCGGUGCCGGGCUGCCGCUGCUCCAACGACUCCGGUUGCUCAAGGAAAAACAAGAUCGCGAAGAACGAGCCGCGAAGGCGACUGCACAAAUUAUCUCACCGCCGCAUACUCACGUAACCUCUGCCAUAUCACCACAGGAAUCGAUACAGGAAGAGCCGGAACCGGAAGUGAUCGGCGCUGGGUUGCCGCUGAUGCAAAGACUGAAAUUGCUCAAAGCGAAAGAGGAUCGGCUAGCGAAGGAAAGCCAAUCGAAGCUGCAAGUGACAUCAAACCAAACAUCAAGCUCGCCGUCGAUAGUGCAGAGCAUGAGUCCGACGUCUCCCACGGUGAAAGCACCACCGAGCCCGAUCUUGAACACAACCGGUGUGGCAGGACAUCACGCCAAACCGACGAUGCGCGUGUCCUUCAAGGACCGAAUACGUAGUCUCCACCAUCAAGAUUCGAAGCAUCACGGCGAAUCGAAACAACCAUCGGUACCCGGUACGAUACACGAGACCACUGACAUGAAGCAGCAACUGCUCCAGAAUGUUGUAGCCCUCGGUAAAACAGGAACCGCGCAACAGCAGCUACAACAGCAACAUCAACCACACCAUCCCACCAAACCGUCCACAGCGCAAUCCCUCAAGGAUAAGAUACGCUCGCUGGGCCAUCUCAAGGGGGACGAUCAGUUGAAGCCCUGGUCCAAGCUGAAGUUGGCCACGGUGGUGAGUCUUGGUGGUAGUUACACGAGCCUCAACAACACCGCAUCCGAGGAAUCGCCCAUAUUGAAACAGUCAAAGCGCAACCGCCUCAAGACUUCCAUCCCGGCAGACCUCAACCUGAACUCGCUGGCUUCUAUGACACCUCCGCCUAUUUCGUCUGCGCCUCCCACGACGUCUGCGCCACCUACGUCCUUCCUGCCGAAUAAGAUCCUAUCCUGUGCGGCAGGUGAAGCAGCCUCGGUCAGUGAUAGCGAGGUGGCUAGCGGAAGCCGGCCGCAGCGAACCACUGCACCAACCACCUCGGCACGGGCCGUUUCGGCAAGAGUUCGCAUGAAACCGAAACCGAUCAAGUUGGUGUCGAGCGAACCGAAGAGCUAUCUGUCAAUAGACGAUCUAUCACCCGAAUACUGCGGACUGCCCUUCGUCAAAAAGCUUAAGAUCCUGAACGAACGCCAGAAGCUUGCCGAACUGGAGUCGGCCAUCAAGACACGCAGCCUUAGCCUCGAUUGUACUGAUUCAAACACCAGCACCGCCAGUACACACGAUCUGUUGGACCAGCUAACGAGAAGCCAGAGCGAAGGUUCCGGUAUGGCACACACGGUCCGCUCGAAGAGCGAGUCUCCCAAGCGAUCCGAUUCGAAAGGUCUGCUGCCGCUUAGCCCUGAGUCGAACGAAACGCUCGAGCGGCGCCAGCUGAAGAGCAUACUUAAGAAGCUGUCCGAGGACAAGGCAGCACUAGAACAACGCCCAAACCGCGACCUCAAGAAGCUGAUGCGAGCGCAGACGGUCGAAGGGUACGUUGCCAGACACAGCAAAUUCACCAAAAGCGUCACCUUCCAUAGGAACACACUCUCUAGCCCUCCCAGCAGUGCUGCCCAGUGUGACUCUAUUGAAGAACGUAGUCUUUUUCCCCUUCUUAGCGCACAAACGGCUCCCGGCACUACACCGGGUGUGCCGCAUUCCAUAUCCACGGUACCGCUGACAUCGUCGCUCGCUGACGACCGUCUGUCGGUGGCCACCGCCUCCAUCGAACAGGAACACGAACGCUACUAUCAGGUGCUCCACGAGGAACACCAUCAUCACGCCGAACACCACCGAGAGGAGCACCAUCAGUUCCACCGGAUAUCGCCGACGGAGCAACCGGGACCGGAUGGGCUGAAUCGACCGGUGGGCGACGAAGAUACGCGCAACGCACUCGCAGUCAUCAGCAAUGGUGACGCGCAUCGAGGCUUUCCUUACGACCCGCACGCUGAUCCGGUUAUCGAUCUCGAUCCGGACGGUACGGAUCCGACUAACAGGUCUUCACUAUCCGCCCUGGCCAACCAGCGUAAGCUGAUCAAAGGUUCGCUGGAGGAGCAAGAAUUUUUCGGCGAGGUACUGCUGGGCAUCAAGCAGGUCAUCCAAACGCAUAUGAAGGAGAUACAGGUGAAGUUUCAGGACGAGUUCUUCAAUCUGGAGCUGGAGGUAAAAAAGCGUGAUGACAUCAUAUCAAAACUGCAAAAUCGCAUCCUGGAGCUCGAGGCCGAACAACAGCAUCACGGGCUAGUGGUGCAACUACCGCCCGAACAGGGUGAUACACCUUACCACAAGUCGGCAUCAUCCGGGUCCGGCAGCACAGGGUCGUCUAAUGAGUUACCCUUCAUGCGUGGUGACUCGCUGGACACUAUAUUUGCCUCGUCUCCACACUCCGAUUCUGAUGCGCCUCGGCAACCGAAGACACGCAGCCGAAAGCCUCGCACAUCACCACGCCACCGGCAGCUGCGCAAUCGCCCCACCUGGAACGAGUCCACCGAUCAGGAUAGUUUCGAUCGUAAGGACUCACCUCCACUCGGUACGCGGCAGCAAACCGGAAACGGUACAUCCACCGGAGGAAUGCCAGGACUACCACCACCAGUACCACCGCGGCGAUUGUCCGCUACAGCAACGUCGACCACGACUGCGGUAACUAUGUCCACUACCACGGAUCGCAUUCGGAGCCCCUACCGAGAUCUGGUCAUCUCCGAACUCACUGGCAACAUCAUCUCGGACAGUGUGAUCGUUAACAUUGAAGCAACGUCCAGCUCGCAGUCCGAAUCACAGUCGGAAAACGACCAACCCUUCGGUGAGGAGAACGAGGAGGAGGAAGAGGAAGACGAUGAAGAUGGUGAGGCGAGACAACUGAUGCACAGUCGCAGUCGUCCUCGGAGGCGGGAAACGGAAGAUGACGUUGAGGAUGAUGACGACGAUGAUGAUGAUGAUGAAUGUGCUGAUGAGGCGGACUGUGGCGAAGAGCUGGAGGGCGAACUGGAACAGGAGGAGGAAGAAGAAGCAGGCAACGAAGAAGAAGAAGAGGAAGAACCGGAAGAGGAAGACGAAGAAGAGGAAGAGGAGGAGCUCAACCACAACGACUGGGAGGUGCGGAUGCUGGCGGCGGAGUUGAAGAAGCGCGAAAGCAUCAGCACCGACUUCCCGAGCGAUCUGGAAGGUGGUGGUGAUGGGUUGGUGCGCCGUCGUAGCACCCGGAAACGUAGCGACACGGACACGGACGGUAGCGACGGGACGGAGCGGGACGCAUUCGGUCGGCCCCGUGCCGCCAGCCUCGACCAGCACAAUCUGCAGCGACGGGCCGCCUUUGGACGAGCUGGCCGGGCACCGACAGUAGCGGGUCCACCGUCUACCGGUGGGCCGAGUGCGUCCCGGUCCCGGGGCGGUCUCUUCAAGGCGUUGAGCUUCGAUCGGGAUAAAGAUCGUCUCUGAGAAUUAAGGCUUCACUGUGAGGUGUGCAUGUUUACCAGCAUCACCCAGGUCGUCGUGAUCGAGUGGAACGGAAAUGGGCGCCGAAUAUUGACCAAACCGAGCGUCACCCGGAUCACGCAUGGGGAGUAAAACGGAGUCCCCCGGCACGCGCAAU